AUGCCAGACAUCUACACCCUCGUACAAUCGCACUACGGCGAAAUCGCCAAACGUAGAACUACCUCCCCAACCACCCAACAAACCAAAGAAGAAAAUAUCGCCAAAUCCUUCGGCUACACCGCAGACGACCUAGCCUCUCUCCCUGACAAAACGAAUCUAGGCCUAAGCUGCGGAAACCCAGUCGGACUGGCAAAUGUCAAAGAAGGCGAAACGAUCCUCGACCUUGGCAGUGGCGCCGGAAUUGAUGUCUUUCUUGCUGCGAAGAAGGUCGGCGAGAAGGGGAGGGCGAUUGGUAUUGAUAUGAGUAGAGUACAUACAUCCACCCCCUCCCCCUCUCAUCUCGCCCCCUGUACCUCUUAG